GUUUUUAUGUUGUUUAUUUUCCACUGUCAUUAUUAUCAAUAAAGUGUAGUGUGGUAUUGUUGUUGUAGUUGAUAUUUUAAAACGAUCUUAUAAAUUUAUAAACUGAGUAACCAUACUCUGGAGAUACAAUUAAAAACAUGGGUGAAAAUAAGGAAACAAAGAGAGAGGAAAAGGAGAGGGAAAGGGCCCAGACUAGUCCUGUUUGGUCUUAUUUCAAAGUUUGUGAAGACAAUGCGGUUAUGGCAGACUGCCUGUUAUGUGGCAUCAAAAUGUCUAGAGGAGGGACUUCGCCCAACCGCUGUGGCACUACCAACCUUCGCAGACAUAUUCUCUACGCACACAACAUCCAUCUGCCCUCAAUUAAUAAACUUGGCUCGUCAGUUCAAGAGCCAUCAAAGAGGAUUACACGAAAAACAAUACCCAAGAAACUACAAUCUAUAAAGAAGAAUUCUAGUUUAAAAAGAAGUCGAAAAAAAACUGAAUUCGUGAAAGGUGAAAGUGGAAAGAAGGAAAAAGGUAGAAAAGAAGUAGUGGAGUGCGAGACCCAGCCGGAACCAGUAAUGUGUAUAAAGUGGAACACCUACGUAAACAACAUGACUACGACUCUUCCUCAGCUGCUACAGGAUGAACAGUUUGUAGACGUCACGUUAGCUUGCGAGGGACAAUCCCUCAGGUGUCACAAGAUUCUGUUGGCUGCUUGUUCUCCGUAUUUCUACGACCUUCUGAGCGCAGCCGCCUGUAAACAUCCCAUCAUCAUGUUCAAGGACUACAGGUUCUGGGAGCUUCAAGCGUUGGUAGCCUUCAUGUACUGCGGGGAAGUUAAUGUGCCACAGUCUCAGCUCCCAAGAAUAUUACGGGUGGCAGAGGCGCUGCAGAUCAAAGGUUUAGCGAAGCCAGCAACCAAAUUAGAAUUUGAUGAAGAUGAAGUUGAGUCAUCUUUAGGAGACGUUGAGCCUCAGAUUGUCAAAAAACCACAACCCACCAACAAGAGGAAGAGGAAACCCUCACCACAAAACUGCUGCAAGAAUCCCACCAAAACGUCCAAAGCUAAGCUCAAACAGAGUCCCAAUAUUUCUCGCAGAAAACUGAAAUCUCCUAAAAAGAAGACUGCCUCGCCUGCAAAAAAACCAAGAUUAUUGCUCGAAAAGAAGAACACAAUACGUAAACCACCAGUGGAAAGAGACGCUACUCAUGAUGAGAAGACUGUACCAAACACCUUACCUCUGCCCGAUCCUUUGGAACAAAACUGCUCCACGCUGCCCGAACUGCUUCAUAAUGACAUGCCUGACAUGCUCAAUGACAUCCUUGCCAUGAGGGACACGGACGGAAUCACGGAAGGGAUCAGUCUGCCAGGAGCUCACAAGGUGGGAAGUGUGGACAGUAUAUUCCCUCUGGGUGAUAUCGACGGACCUUUUCUUUCCAACGGACUCAACGGCUCAGAUCACUUUGACUUGAUCAACCCAGAGUGUAGACUCGGAGAUGAUGAUGGAAGAUAAUGAAAAUGACUGUGAGCAACUUGUGGCAAAUAUUCCUACCUAGUCAUAACAUUAUUUGAGAAAGUGAGGAUGAAAUUUAACAGCUUAGUAAUUAGUUAUUAAUGAUAUUAGUGAUAAUGAAUCAGGUUUUGUUGAUCUCAUAGCUUUGCUUAACAUGGAGUGCUGUAAGCGAAUGGUAGUGUAGAAUUAAUAAAAUGAAAUCAAAAUGUAGGCAAUUUGUGUCACCCUUGAUAUUACCUUACUUAUUAGUUGUUGUGUCAUUGCACAAAGAGUUUAUUUUGUUGUAAAGUUAAGUAAGGUAUGCUAAAAAGUUGAAUUUACUUUUUGCGUUUACUUGUGAAUUCUUUUUCAUAUUCCAAAUACUAAGUUACACAAUCAAUGUGAGUACUAAUGUAUUUUACAGUAGACUCCCACUUAACUGACCUCGCGUUAACCAGUAAUCAGAUUAUCCAUCCUGGCUCAUAAAAUAUUACAGUUUGUAUUAACUGACCUUGUUUGACAGCAGUUCAGUUCAACCCCCACUCUCUAGGAAUCUCGGCAUUUCCACUCCCGUUAAUGGGGACAAUACGCUUCAUUCUACAGGAUGUUACUGUACAAAUAAACAUCCUGUCUCGUAACCAAAUGGUUGCUUGUAUCUUUAAUUUUGACAAUAAGUUCUGUACUGUAUUAGGUUGGAUUUGGAAAGCAUAAAUUAAUAUUACUAAAGGCAUUAUAAUAAGAAUUUGUAUUGACUCUUGCCUAAGAUCAUAAUUCAUUCAUGUGAAAGUAUUUGACCAACGUUUUUGGGUUUUAUUGUUACUUUUCUAUCGUCAAUAGCCUACUUGAGAAAACUUUGGUGAGUCGGUGGUAGUGUCACAGACUUCGAGCCCAAGGCGGCGAUGUCGUGGGUACGGAUCCUUGUCACUGUCGCAAACAUUUUAUCAGCACAGUUCACCUUUGAGGUACCGGCUCACCCCUUGCUUUGCUGGAUAUGUUCCACGCACAGAUCUGUAGUCUAUGUGGACGGGCAAAUGCAAGGGUUAAAGAGGCCACCAACCUCUUAAAAAAUAAAUAAAAAAAGGAGAUUAGUGUAGUUAAUUUUAAUGCAC